UUGCAGUGUUUCAGAUGCAGGACGUUAGAUUGUUAAUGUCACUAUUUAACAACCAUGUGGUAAGAAAAAAACAAACGAACAAUAUAGUCAACAAAAAUUGCUUUAAAAAAGACUAAAAAAGGAUGUAUUGAUCUGUUACGUCAUUUAUCCAGAUUAUUAAUCGUUAUGGAGAACGUCCUUGUAUUGGAGACACAUCCGAUAGAGAAACGCGUUAUUGUGUAAAUUCGACAAGAUAUAAAGCACGGUAAUAGGAUACAUAUAAUAAUAAUCAAAUAUAAAGCAGUGUAAUAUUUUUAUUUUUGCCACGUGACACCACACGGAAGUGACGCGGAUGCUAAAAAGAGUUCAGCAAAGCAUCUGGGAGCAAAACAGCAGCUAGCCGAUAUUACAUUUAUCCUCAGGAGACCAAAAGGACGAGACUACCGCACGAUCCGAACCUUUAACACAUCUGUGACGAGGCGUCCAUUAUGAAUCCGGUCUACAGCCCUGCAGGAACAGGGGUCCCCUUUACCAAUACUAAGGGCAUGGGCUACCCAGCGGGAUUUCCUGUUGGCUACGCAGCAGCUCCUCCAGCAUACACUCACAAUAUCUAUGCAGGAGCCAACGCCGCCUUCCCCGGUGGCUACGCUCCAGGCACUCCUUUCAAAAUGUCCUGCUCUCCCAACAAUGGGAGUGUCCCCCCAUACUCCUCCUCACCCAACCCCUACCCUACUGCCGUUUACCCGGUCAGGAGCACCUACCCCCAACAGAACCCCUAUGCACAGGCAUUAAUACCUUCACAACAGCAAGGCACUUAUUACACACAGCCUCUGUAUGCCGCACCGCCACACGUUAUCCAUCACACCACAGUGGUCCAGCCAAAUGGGAUGCCGGCGGCCAUGUAUGCCCCGGCCAUGCCACCCCAACGCCACAACAGUGUCGCCAUGGGGAUGGUAGCCGGCACCACCAUGGCCAUGUCAGCUGGAACUCUGCUGACAACUCAAUCACCAGCGUCUGUUGCCCCCCACCAAGUCACGAUGCCCACAUAUCGGCAUCCUGGCACACCCAGCUACAGCUAUGUGCCGUCACAGUGGUGAAAAGAGGAACGCGUCAGAAGAUGGUAGAUAUGCAUUCACACUCCAGUGUUUUUUGCUAUUGGGGAGGACCUGCCCUGCCAGUGUCUGCAACCAGUUACUCUUCUUCCAGCAUAAUGUGAAUCUAAAACCCAACUACAUAGAAAGAGGCCCAUUUGGAUUGGAGGGGGUGAAGAAUAGGCCCAUCCCCAUGACCCCUCUCAAUGGAAUAUGGCUGCAUUCCAUGUCACACCCUCAGCGCCAGCACCUCCUACAACCUGCUGCAUAUCUCACGUCAAACAGCAACGCCUCCAUGCAAACUUUUUUUUGUGGAUUGUCAUGCAGGUUUUUUAUAGCUUAAACUAAUAAGUGUUGAAAAGGGAGUUUGGAAUAGUUUUAUUUUUUUUAAUUUGAUUUUAUUUGGGGGAUACAUAUGAUGUUGAAUGCAUGUGUGCGUAUAUAUAUAUAUAUAUAUAUAUAUAUAUAUAUAUAUAUAUAUAAAAUAUAUAUAUUUAUGUAUGUAUCGGUAUAUAGGUAUAUGAAGUAAUGCUAGCGCAAUCUACCCGCUGCGACAGAUGCAAAAUCAAC